CCUGAGCGGUAGAAGUGCAGGGAGGAGGCUGUGCCCUCGGUCUCGGCGUGGUUGGCAGAGCCGCUAGGGUUGCGGUUGCUCCAGCAGCGGCGCCGGUGACAGCCUCAGGAUGAAGGGCCCGGCAGCAGCCCCUGCGUCGUCGGAAGUGAUCCGCGAGGGCGAGCUGGAGAAGCGCAGCGACAGCCUGUUCCAGCUGUGGAAAAAGAAGCAGGUGGUGCUGAGCAAGGACAGUCUGAGCCUCUCGUCGCCCGAGGGCGGCGGCAAGGGCCGCGCCAAGGAGCUGCGCUUCGGCGCCAUCCAGAAGGUGGACUGCGUGGAGCGCACCGGCAAAUACGUCUACUUCACCAUCGUCACGACGGACCGCAAGGAGAUCGACUUUCGGUGCCCGGGCGAGAGCUGCUGGAACGCCUCCAUCACGCUGGCGCUCAUCGACUUCCAGAACAAGCGCGCCAUCCAGGACUUUAAGAGCCGCCAGGAGGCCGCCGAGGAGGCGGCCGCCGGCACCCGCGACAGGCGCCUCGCCCGCGCCCCCUGAGCCCGCAGCCGGCCGCAGCCCGGCCCCACCGACCAAAGAACUCUGGAUGACAAACAAGAUAAAGGAUCUUGGACAGUGAUAUGAUUGCACCAGAGCAAGAUACUGAUGAAGGAAAGCAAAGACAGGUGCCAGAGGAUGCUAGAUUUCCUCAGAUUUGAUGAAGCUGCUGAGCAGAAAAGGAACCUUUUUUGUUGAAAGACAAACCAAAGACACUCUGAAAAAACCAAGUCUGGAUUACCAAAGAGGAAGUCCAGCUUGUAAACCACUAUUUCAUUUUUAUUUAUACAGUAAAAAUAGUUUUAAUUAUUUCUAGGAUAUGUAUUUUGUAUUUAUUUUUGAUGACUGUUUUUAAAUAGCUUUCUUAGCAUUGCUAUUGUUAGCCAUUCCAAAUAAAUUAUGUGAAAUGCUCA